UCAAAACUGAUUCUGCUCCUUCAGAGAGCAGAAGCAGAAGCUGGAGUGUUUGGGUGAAAUUCCAGAAGCACUUCUGGUGCUCUAAUUUACUCUCAGAAUCAGUUUUUUUAGAAGCUGGGGGGUACCAGCUUCUGAAAACUGAUUCUGAUUCUGCUUCUGCUUUAAAAAAGAAGCAGAAUUAGAAUCAAUUCCAAACACCCCUUAGAGUAAUUACUUCGUACUAAAUAUGUCUCGUUUUGAUUUUUUUUUUUUUUAAAUACGGAGUAUGAUAUUUUUGUUUUUUAAAAUUAAUUUAACAAUAUUCGAAAAAAUGGAUGGAUAGAGGAGACGCGGCCGUCACUCCUGACCUUCAGACUCGUCGCCACUUGCCGUCGGCGAGUAACAGCAAGUAAGCAACUAGGCUUUCCCCUAAAAUUCGCUGGGAAAUGAACUCCUCAGCAUGAGAAAGGCAAACUAAUCAUCAGCCUGACCUAAUACCUACAUUUUCACUGCAGCGAUGGGAUCGCGAUCUGGAGCUGGGACGCCGAAAGGAGAAUCCGGUGAAGAGGCCUUCAAUGCGACUUUAUCGUUGAACUUCGGUACUGCGGAGGCUCUGGAGCACGUGCGUAAGCUCACCGAUGUCGGGGCCAUGACUCGUCUUCUCCACGAGUGCAUCGCCUACCAGCGGGCCCUUGAUCUGGACCUGGAGACCAUUCUCUCCCAGCGCUACGAUCUCGACAAGCAGCUUUCAGGCUUGCAAAAAUCCGCUCAAGUUCUCGACACUGUGAAGGACAACUCCGAUCACCUCCUCUCUAACGUCGGCUCCACCUCUCUCCUUGCCGAUCAGGUGAGUGCUAAGGUCCGCCAGCUCGAUCUUGCUCAGUCUCGCGUCAACGAUACCCUCCUUUGCAUUGACGCCAUUGUCCACCGCUCCAAUUGUCUCGACGGCGUCCAAAAAGCCCUAGACUCUGAAGAUUUCGAAUCCGCUGCCAAUUGCGUCCAGUCUUUCCUCCAGAUCGACACCAAGUUCAAAGACUCCUCCGGCUCCGAACAGAGGGAGCAACUCCUGUCCUCCAAGAAGCAGCUGGAAACAAUCGUCCGCCGGAGACUAACUGCUGCUGUGGAUCAGAGAGACCACCCCACUGUGCUACGAUUCAUCCGCCUCUAUUCACCACUUGAACUGCAUGAGGAAGGCUUGCAGGUGUAUGUGGGCUACCUGAAGAAGGUUAUUGCUAUGAGAUCUCGCCUUGAAUUCGAGCAACUACUGGAAACCAUGAACGAGGACCCCAACCAACAAGCUCUCCGGCCAAAUCAACCCCCCCUCAACUUCACGGCUUCACUGACAAAUCUUUUCAAGGACAUCGUCCUGGCUAUAGAAGAAAACGAUGAUAUUUUGAGGAGCUUAUGCGGAGAGGAUGCUAUAGUCUAUGCCAUUUGCGAGCUUCAAGAAGAGUGUGACAAUAGGGGUUCCAUUAUUUUAAAGAAGUACAUGGAAUACAGAAAAUUAGCUAUUUUGACAUCAGAGAUUAACUCUUACAAGAGCAAUCUUCUCUCAUCAGUGGGAGUUGAAGGGCCAGACCCGAGGGAUAUAGAAGUAUAUUUGGAAGAGAUAUUGUCUUUAGCACAAUUAGGUGAGGAUUACACAGAGUACAUGAUUUCAAAGAUAAGGGGAUUGAGCUCUGUUGAUCCUGAAUUAGUUCCUCGAGCCACCAAAGCUUUCAGGAGUGGUAAUUUCAGCAAAGUGGUUCAGGACAUUACAGGUUAUUACGUCAUCUUGGAGGGAUACUUCAUGGUUGAGAAUGUUAGGAAGGCUAUAAAGAUAGAUGAACAUGUGUUUGAUUCACUCACAACAUCCAUGGUGGACGACGUGUUUUAUGUUUUGCAGAGCUGUUGCCAAAGAUCAAUAUCCACAUCGAAUAUCAACUCCGUGAUUGCUGUUUUAAGCAGCGCUGUGAGUUUGUUGGGUGGGGAGUAUAACGACGCUUUACAACAGAAGAUAAGGGGGGAAUCUAAUCUUGGGGCAAAGUUGUUCUUGGGGGGUGUUGGUGUCCAAAAGACAGGUACAGAGAUUGCGACAGCUUUGAACAACAUGGACGUGAGCAGCGAGUAUGUGUUGAAACUACGCCAUGAGAUUGAAGAGCAAUGUGCUGAGGUAUUUCCUACACCUGCACAUAGAGAGAGAGUAAAAUCUUGUCUCUCUGAACUGAGCGAGAUGAACAUUAGUUUCAAGAAAGCCUUGAACGUUGGGAUGGAACAACUUGUAGGCACAGUAAUGCCUCGCAUCCGGCCUUUGUUAGACAGUGUGGCAACCAUAAGCUACGAACUAUCUGAAUCUGAAUAUGCCGAAAACGAGGUGAAUGACCCGUGGGUUCAACGCCUCCUCCAUUCCGUUGAGGGCAAUGUGGCCUGGCUCCGAUCCUUAAUGACUACCAACAAUUACGACUCCUUUGUGCAUUUGGUCAUUGACUUUCUCGUCAAAAGGCUUGAGGCAAUCAUGUUGCAGAAGAGAUUCAGUCAGCUGGGAGGUCUGCAGCUCGACAGAGACGUAAGGGCAUUGGUCAGUUAUUUCUCUGGGAUGACUCAGAGGACUGUUAGGGACAAGUUUGCACGGCUUACACAGAUGGCGACAAUUUUGAACCUGGAAAAAGUGUCAGAGAUUCUUGAUUUCUGGGGUGAAAACUCAGGACCCAUGACUUGGAGAUUAACCCCAGGUGAGGUGAGAAGAGUGUUAGGGCUUAGAGUUGACUUUAAGCCUGAAGCCAUUGCUGCUCUUAAGUUAUAAUAAUAAUACCAACUAUAAUAAUAGCAACGCCCCUUUUGCUACAUGUCUGUUUCAUUCAUUGAUAUUCAAUUUAUUCCUUCCCCACCCCGCUCACUCUCUCCAUUUUAUCUUUGGAGUAUAUGUUUUUGUGUUUUACUAGGGGAUAGAUGUAUCUUCAAAUAUAAUAAACUGCCUUUUUGGAAUGUUAUUUUGUAAAAGCUCUAUACAAAUACAACAAUUUUUUUAUUUCUUAUUUCCU